AUGACAUUUCUAUCCUUUGAUCAGAGAAAGAGCUGGAUGGUGGCCGCUCGGCUGCAGCAGCGACCGUUGCUCAUUGCCGUCAACGUGCUGGCCGGCAUGUCCAUCUUCUUCUUUGGCUACGACCAAGGCCUCAUGGGCGGGGUGAACCAGAGCAUCAACUACGUCGACCGCAUGGGCCUCGGCCAUCUCGCCGCCGACGGGAGCCUCGUCAUCGAAAAGACGCUCCUCCAGGGCGGCAUCAUGGCCAUCUUCUACUUUGGCACGCUCGUCGGCUGCCUCGCCGGCGGCGCCUUUGGCGACCGGUUCGGCCGCAUCGGCACCAUCGGCGCCGGCGCCGUCUGGGCCAUCUUUGGCGCGUCGCUGCAGGCCUCGGCGCAGAACCCGUCGUGGAUGCUGGGCUCGCGCUUCGUCAACGGCAUCGGCACGGGAAUCCUCAACGGUAUCGUCCCCGCGUGGGCAUCGGAGCUGUCCGACCACACGAGCCGCGGCACCUUCAUCGCCAUGGAGUUUACGCUCAACAUCUUUGGCGUGGUGGUCGCGUACUGGAUCGCCUAUGGCGUGAGCUUUGUUGAUGGUGGCGCGUCCGAGAUUCGCUGGCGGUUCCCGAUCGCGUUUCAGAUCCUGCCGCUGCUGUUCCUGCUGGCCCUGUGCUGGGCUUUUCCAGAGUCGCCGCGCUGGCUGGUCAAGGCGGGCCGCAACGACGAGGCGCUCUACGUCUUGGAGCGGCUCAGAGGCGUGGAGGGCGAGCAGUCGGGUGUGGCGGAGGCAGAGUAUCGGGAUAUUCGCAAUGUUCUAGAGCUUGAGAGGAGCGCAGAAGGGACUUCCUAUAUCCACAUGCUCUUUGGUUGGAAGUCGGGAAGACUGCAUACUGGACGCAGAGUGCAGUUGGUCAUAUGGCUGCAGAUUAUCCAAUGCUGGACUGGAAUAGCAGGUGUGACCAUGUACGGGCCGACUAUUUUCCAGAUUGCAGGCUUUGCGCCGGACAAGACCCAAUGGGUAGCUGGGCUGAACAAUAUUUUCUACAUGUUUUCCACGCUAAUCUGCGUCUUCACCAUUGAUCGCAUCGGUCGUCGCAUGACUCUGUACUGGGGCUCAGUCGGCCAAGCCAUUGCCAUGGUCCUCGUCGGCGGCCUGUCGCGCGGCGGCCUCAACGCGCGAGACGGAGGUCACAUCGCCACUGCCAACGCAUGGGGUGCGGCGGCAGCAUCCAUGGUCUAUCUAUACACCUUUGUGUUUGGUGCCACGUGGCUGACAGUUCCCUGGCUGUACCCGGCGGAGAUUUUCCCGAUUCAUGUGCGCGCCAAGGGCAAUGCAUGGGGUGUUGUCGGAUGGAGCAUCGGGAACGGUACACUUACUCUUGUACUGCCGUACGUUGUGAGCGCAAUCAACGAGAAGAUGAUGUACAUUUUUGCCGCUGUCAAUGUCUUGAGCAUUCCCAUUGUGUGGGCUCUCUACCCUGAGUCAAACCAGAGAACUCUUGAAGAAAUGGAUCUCUUGUUUGCGGCACCCACCCCAUGGAGCUGGGAUGCGGAAAAAACAUUUGCGAGACUCAAAGAAGAGAGGGAGCAAGCGGGUGGUGUGUUCAAAAAGGCGGAUCAAGAUGCAGAAGCCAAGGUGGAUUCAAGCAGUUCGCAUCACAACGAGUUCAAUAAUUAA